AUGUCGGGCGAGCUCACCAAGAAAGAAGCCCAUGCACAGCAAGUGCAGCAACAGUCGGCCUCCCAAGGCGCGCGCGAUGUCGAGACACAAGAGCAUCACGCCAAGGCCAGCGCAUCCGGCGGUCUGAACUUGAACAUCUUCGGCGCGCUCUCCGGCGUUCUGUCCAGCAAAAGCAAGAAGACGACACACACCAACGCCGACGGCUCAUCGACAAGCGUCGAAGAUAGGCACGAUCAGGCAGCAGCAAACGCUCUGGCCAACGGCUCCGGACAAGCGUACGCCUCCGCGUCCGCCGAAGAAGGCGGCAAGAAGACGAAGGCGCGGGAAGUCGCCCAAUCGGCAUCGCAGGGCAAAGCAGUCAGCGCGAGCAAGAGAGUGGAUCACCUAGGCAUUGAGAGCUGA